GCGUGUGGGCAUGACGUGUACUUUGAAAAUGACAGAGCGCCCUGUUCUUUGGGACACUAGUAAUGAAGAUUAUAAAAACAAAUUCAACAAACAAGAUGCUUGGAAGGACGUGUGUAAAAGUUUAUUUCCAAAUUUCGAGGAAAAAGAAAACAAUGAAAAUACUAAACUUGGUAAUUCAGUAAUACAAAGAUGGAGGGGGAUUAAGGAUACCUUUAAUAAAUAUGAAAAGAAACUCAAAGAUGCAUGUAGGUCAGGGUCUGGAUCCAAAAAUAUAAAAGAAUACCAUCUGUACAAACAAUUACAAUUUCUGAGGAAAAAUUUGCAAAAUGAGACCACUAGUAGUAUAAAUGAGUCCGAAAAUGAGCAAGAUAAUGAAGAAGGUAUAUCUAAAACACGUUACCAAAGGCAACCACCAAAAAGAAAGAUGGUUAAUAAUAAAUUUGAAGAUGAUAUUGUAAAGAUUUUAAAGGAACCUGAGAAUAGACACAUAUCUUUUUUUAAAGGUAUUCUACCAUCAUUUGAAAGAUUAGAUGACAAUAAAACACUAAUCUUUAAGAGCAGAGUUCUUCAAAUUUUAACAGAAUUGCAUCAACCUCAUGGCUACUACUAUCCGAGUAGCAACUACCAGGGUGGCUAUCAAAUUCAACAUUUUGCGACAUCUCAACAAACGCCACUGAUACGUCCACAGUCAUCUAACAUACCAGAUCAAAUUGAUUCACCCAGUAAUGACUUUUCUAACUCAAGCAUAUUAAGCACACUUUCAACUGAAGAAUACUUUGAAUUUUCGUAAAUUUUAUGGAUUGUAAUAUUUUAAAAACUCUUU